CUGGAACGGACGAAUUUGUGUGUUUCUGUUGAAUCAUUCCCGUAAAAUCUCGAGCGCUGUGCGUGAACAAUCUUUUGGCAUAUCUAUUUUGUAAUGAUUAGAUAAUAUUGACUUCGAGUACUAACGAAACCUUAGUACCAGUGCAUAUAUUCUAGGGAGCUAUACUGGACUACCUGAGCAAUGACGAAAUUGGGAUUUUUCUUGGUGCUGUUUCUGAGUACCGCUGUUUUGGCAGAAGAUGUAACAGUGCAACUGCCAGUUGGUACGGUAAAGGGAUUAGUAAAGUCUACCGCUAAAGGGGUAAUAUUCUACUCUUUCCAAGGAAUACCGUAUGCUGAGAAACCAGUCGGCGAUUUGAGAUUCCAGGCACCAGUCCCAAAGAAGAAAUGUGAAGGAAUCUGGGAUGCGACGAAAUUCGGCAACAUAUGCAAUCAGAUGAGUUAUACGCCUCCCAAUCAAAGUGAAGAUUGCUUAUUUGUGAAUGUCUAUACACCCAAUAUUACUGACAAUUUGCCAGUGAUGUUUUUUAUAUAUGGAGGGGGAUUCGUCGCGGGUGCCUCUAACUCCUAUGGUCCUGAUUUCUUAAUUGAGCAGGACGUUGUUCUGGUUACAAUCAACUACAGAGUAGGACCUUAUGGUUUCCUUUCGACUGGAGAUGAUUUGGUACCUGGAAACGCUGGAUUGAAAGAUCAGAAUUUGGCCUUAAAGUGGGCCAAUCAGUACAUCCAUCAUUUUGGUGGUGAUCCAACCAAAAUUACAAUUUUUGGUCAGAGUGCUGGCUCUGCUUCUUGUGCUUAUCAGAUUAUGAGUCCGUUAUCUAAAGGUUUGUUCAGAAGCGCAAUCUUGCUCAGUGGGACAUCGCUAAGUCUAUUGGCGUACCAAAGGAACUACCAGUUAUAUUCGAGGGAAUUGAUCAGAAAUAUAGAUCCUGCAAACUACCAUAAAUAUAAUACUUCUCAAACUAUUUACGAGUUUCUCAAAAACAUACCAACAGAGAUAAUUAAUGAUGCUUGCUUGGCGAUAGUAACAACGAAUCCUAAAAGCUAUCUACAGUUGUACCAAGGAUUUUUCUUUGCGUUGGUAUACGAGCACGAGCACGAUGGUGCUGUUUUGACCAAACAGGCAUACGAAGCUAUGGAAGAGGGAGAUUUCAAUAAAGUACCAGUAUUACUCGGUGCUACUAGCGAGGAAGACUAUUUCCUCAUGGAAGAUAAAGAAGGUCUCGGUUACAUAUCUGAAAUAUUCACACAAAGUCGUGAUUCAAUACCAGAUGAUAUGCAUGUCACUGAGGAGAAUAAGGAUACCAUCAAAGCUGAAUUGAUGAACUUUAUACUUCCGGAGGAAACUAUGUGGACAACCCUAGGAAACUUGUCACGCUUAUAGUGAUCAUGAUUUUGUAAAAUCUGUGCUAAAGUUCGCUGAGCAGUUGGUGAUUGAACACUCGCAAAACCCAUACCUCUACCAGUUCUCUUACAAAGGUGUCUUGGGUUUUCACAGAAUCAGUCAGCUUGUGGUUGGCGUGGGAGUUCGCUCAUUCAGCAUCACUGACAGUUGUACCCCAGAGCUUACACAGACCGUUCCGUAUUUUCACUGGAUACAGUUUUUUAUCAAAUUAAUAAGCAUGUC